CCAUGGCGACAAAACUGCCUGUUCACUUUCGGUUCCGAGGGUCGUCUCUUCCUCAAUCGACAACCAUUCGAUAGUGAAAUGAACAAAUAUCAUCAACUAAACAUCACCGCUCAGAACUCGCGAGGAGUUGACUCGGUCUUGUACAAUGUAUACGUGGAAGGUCCACCAAAUACUCGAGGAUCUUCCGUAGACGAAAUUCCCGAUAAAGCAAUCUGCACUUUCCCGAAAAAUGUUUACGAUGCUCAGAUCCCGGAGAAUCUCGAAGGGCGACACAAGUUGACAAAAGUGACAUCAGACUGUGAAUCAAAUAGAAAACCCUAUGAGUAUGUGUUGUGGAAAAGGAUCAGAUCAAUUCGAGAU